AUGAGACAUCUAAGCCUUCUUUCAUGGAUUUUAAUCACAAGCUGUUUUUUUCUUGAUUCUGUCCAUGCUCAAGACCAAUCUGGUUUUGUUAGCAUCGAUUGCGGGACACCGGAUGGUUCAAGCUACACUGAUGAGAACACAAACAUGAAAUACGUUUCGGAUUUGGGUUAUGUUGAGUCUGGAACAAGCCAUAGCAUAGUUUCUGACCUUGAAACGACUUCUCUCGAAAGGCAGUUCCAAAACGUAAGAAGCUUCCCUGAAGGUAAGAGAAACUGUUACGACAUAAGGCCUCAACAAGGGAGAGGUUUCAAGUAUCUGAUUAGAACCCGUUUCAUGUACGGGAACUAUGAUGGUUUUAGUAAAACACCAGAGUUUGAUCUUUAUAUUGGAGCCAAUCUUUGGGAAUCUGUUGUUCUUGUCAAUGAAACGGUUAUAAUGACCAAAUAGAUGAUUUACACUCCUCCUUCAGACCAUAUUCAUGUGUGUCUUGUUGAUAAAGACAGAGGAACUCCGUUUCUGUCUGUCUUGGAAAUAAGGUUUUUAAAGAACGAUACAUACGACACUCCUUACGAAGCUCUUAUGCUUGAACGGAGACGUGAUUUUGGCGCAACAAGCAAUCUCCAAGUCAGGUACAAAGAUGAUUUCUAUGAUCGUAUAUGGACGCCUUCAACGCCUCCGAACAUGAAAACUUUGAAUACAUCGCUCACCAUCGAUGAAACUAACCACAACGGAUUCAGACCUGCAAGUAUUGUUAUGAGGUCUGCUUUGUUAGCGGGAAACGAAAGCAAUUCGUUGACUUUUACUUAGAGUCCAGAUGACCCGAGAUCGAAGUUUUAUGUCUACAUGCACUUUGCUGAAGUUCAGAAACUACAAAGAAACGAGACACGAGAGUUCGAUAUAUACGUGAAUGGAGUGUUACUUGCCAAGUAUUUCCGUCCUUCUUACUUGUUUACAGACACACGCUCCACUACAGAGCCAGUAGGCAGAGCAGAGAAUGAAAUUAUCAUUGAGAAAACUGCUUUGUCGACUCUUCCACCAAUCAUUAACGCUAUUGAGCUCUAUCAAAUCAAUGAGUUCCUUCAGUUACCAACAGAUCAACAGGAUGUCGAUGCCAUGACGAAGGUUAAGUUCAAGUAUGGAGUGAAGAAGAAUUGGCAAGGAGAUCCAUGUGUUCCAGUGGACUAUUCUUGGGAAGGUCUUGAAUGUCUCCACAGUGAUAAUAAUACUUCUCUAAGACUCAUUUCUGUGAACUUAUCCUCCAGUGGAUUGACUGGCCAGAUUGAUCCAGCUUUCGCCAACCUUACAUCAGUAGAAAAAUUGGACUUUUCAAACAACAACUUAACAGGAAAAGUACCCGAUUUCCUCGCCAAUUUACAAAAUUUGACUGAAUUAAACUUGGAAGGAAACAAGCUAACUGGAUCGAUUCCACCUAAACUGUUGGAGAAAUCAAAAGAUGGUUCUCUUUCCCUAAGAUUUGCUGGAAACCCGGACCUUUGUCAGUCUUCUUCAUGUCAAACAACCAAAAAGAAGAAGAUUGGUUACACUGUUCCAUUAGUAGCAUCAGUCGCAGGACUGCUCGUUCUUUUGAUCGCAUUAGCUUUAUUAUGGCAUUUCAAGAGAAGAUCGCGAAGAGGAACAAUCUCAAACAAACUGUUAGGAGACAACACCGGACCAUUGGACACAGCCAAGAGAUACUUUCUAUAUUCAGAAGUUGUAAAUGUCACAAACAACUUCGAGAGAGUUCUUGGCAAAGGAGGUUUUGGUAAAGUAUACCAUGGUUUCUUGAAUGGAGAUCAAGUAGCUGUUAAGAUACUGUCUGAAGAGUCAGCGCAAGGUUACAAAGAGUUCCGAGCUGAGGUUGAGCUUCUGAUGAGAGUCCAUCACACAAAUUUGACAUCUCUUAUCGGAUACUGCAACGAAGAUAAACACAUGGCACUUAUCUACGAGUACAUGGCUAAUGGAAACUUAGGAGACUAUUUGUCAGGCAAAAGUUCCUUAACCUUGAGCUGGGAAGAGAGAUUGCAGAUAUCAUUAGAUGCAGCACAAGGUCUCGAGUAUCUCCACUACGGUUGCAAGCCUCCCAUAGUUCACAGAGAUGUGAAGCCUACGAAUAUCUUACUCAAUGAGAAGCUUCAAGCGAAGAUAGCUGACUUUGGUUUAUCAAGAAGCUUUCCGGUUGAAGGUGGCGGUCAAGUCUCCACCGUUGUCGCUGGAACCAUUGGUUACUUAGACCCCGAGUAUUAUAGAACGCGACAAAUGAACGAGAAGAGUGAUGUUUUCAGCUUCGGGGUGGUUCUUCUUGAAAUGAUAACAGGGAAACCUGCGAUUUCACGUUCAACAACAGAGAAUGUGCAUCUAAGUGAUCAGGUUGGUUCAAUGUUGGUGAAUGGAGACAUAAGAGGCAUUGUAGAUAAGCGUCUAGGAGAUAGAUUUGAGUCUGGCUCGGCUUGGAAGAUCGCUGAAAUAGCGCUGGCUUGUGCCUCUGAGAGUUCUGCGCAGAGACCGACAAUGAGUCAGGUCGUUAUGGAGCUGAAACAGAGUGUUUUGGGGAGAGUAACGGAUCGAAAUAGCCAGAUAGAUUCUGUGAGAAUGGUGACCAUAAAUUUAGAUACUGAAAUGGUUCCACAAGCGAGGUAA